UAUUUUUAUUACAUUUCUAAAAAUCAUUUAUAGCUAAUGAUAUACAUUAGAUUUUCUACUAAACUAUAGAUAACACAUUUAUUCAAAAUAACGACAAAAAUGGCGGAAAGUGAAACAGAUUCUCGAAUCCAUUUCAGCGCAGUAAAAUAUAUUCACCAAGCAGGUUACAGAUUAAAAUUGAGUUCAGUUUCUCUAGCAACUGCAUCUGUGAUCUACCAUAAAUUUUUCAGAGAGAAUUCUUUAAAUGAUUUCGACAUCUAUUUGAUAUCUGCUACAUCAUUAUAUCUAGCUGGGAAAAUUGAAGAAGAGCAUCGGAAAAUCAGAGAUGUUGUCAAUGUCUGCUACAGGACACUUCACAAAAGCAAAUCACCUCUUGAUGUUGGGGAGACAUUCUGGGGUCUGCGAGAUGCAAUUGCCAAAUGUGAACUUUAUAUUUUAAGAGUAUUGCGUUUCAAAGUAGCCUUUGAUCAUCCUCAUAAAUAUCUUCUGCAUUACCUGAAGACUCUAAAAGAUUGGUUUCAGCCUCAUGUUUGGGAUCAGGUCCCACUCACAAGAACAUGCUGGUCAGUCCUUCGUGACAGUUACCAUGGCAAAACUAGUCUCAAGUUCAAACCACAGCAUAUUGCUGUAUCUAUUAUUUAUUUAUCUAUGAUGUGCUAUGGUCUGGAAGUACAUCUUAACAGAGUAGCUCACACUAAGUGGUGGAGGGUGUUUUCUUCAGACUUGACACUAGACAUUAUACGAGAUGUCAUCAUAGAUAUAAUCCAGACAUAUGAACUAGAAACUGGUUAAAACAUUUCUACAUCAGCUGGCAUGUAUGGUCGCACUUUAUGAAACUUCUCAUAUUGAGUAUGUAUGUAUGUACAUACAUAUGCUUGUGUAUGUAUGUAUGCAUGCAUGCAAAUAGCAGAAGUGACAUGCAGUGUCUUCAGCAUAAUUUAACAGGAAGAAACCAAUUUUUUCUCACCCUACAAGACGUCAUUGCCUAAACAGAACUGAAGUGAAUAUCCAGCAGUAUUAUUGCCAAGUAUAUUGCAUAUAUCAAUUCAAAGACUCAGGCUUCAGCAGUGACGUUGCUAAUGUUAAUAUUACACUACUCAUCACUUGUAAAAAAAAAAUCUAUCUCAUAUUGAGGUAUCUGCAUAUAUUUGAAGUCCCAAAAGGAUAAAAACUAAAACAUUUCAUUUCAAAAAAUAAAUUAUAUUUUGUCAUUCCAUUCAACAUUAAACAUUAACUCUGACAUAAAAUAUUUAAUUAGA